AGAGAGAGAGAGAGAGAGAGAGAGAGAGAGGGCACCAGUGAACACCACAGUGCUGCUACACAUGCAUUCCACAUUUGCGAGGGAGUGAGAGGAACUGUGGAAAAUCCACAUAACUCGGAUUGGAUUAUUUAUUUUUUUUGGUCUUUUCUCCCCUCUGACCCCUGAGAGGAUACCUGGAACUUUACUUGUUUGCUUGUCUUUAGAGGACACCAACCCAGGUGCGAAAAGGGCCUAGCAUGAAUCAAGUUCCAGGUGCAUGAGGGAGGCUUGCCCUUUUCACCAUUUGUCUCCUUAAAAGAAAAAACUACCUUCCUCUACGCCCGGGACCACAACCGGAGCUCGGGAUUCAUGUAUAUACAAGCUUAACAACAGAGAAGAAGAUUCUGGUUACCUUUACCAGCUGGAGUACAUAAGCAAACAGGCCUUGAUUGAGCCUGCGGCAAAGGGGACUGGCAUGGGUCAGACCAGCUUUGUGUCAACCCAUCAUGCAUGUCGGGGCUGAUUGCAGAAAGGAGCCUGUACAAUAGCUCACAAGAUUGUCAUGACACACACCUAAUCUACGGUUAUGGCUACUGAGCUUGACAAAUUCAACACCCAUUAGGAUUUUUAAUAUCGCAGUGCACAGGCUUUGACACUGAGAGGGGAUGCUUAUCCAACAAGCUUAUCUGUCAUGGUAAAGGCAGCGGAAGCAUGAGCCUCUGAGAACACAGAGGAGGUCAUCGUCCUAACAAGGAUCAGCUCUGCAAACACUGACCAGUCAGGAUAUCACCAGAAAGCCCUCAGACAAACGUUUCCCUAUAUAAAGGAUAAUAACAGAAGAAGUUCUUGAUUGGAGUUUUGGUGAGCGGAAAGGAUUUACCACCUUGUGUAAAUCAGGGGCCUUUGAGUGAUUAGACUGCAGAGGAACACAGCUUCAAGAUGAUGCGUCAAUGCAAGGCCUUUAUCGUCUUCCUCAUCAGGGUCGGACUGCUGCUGGGUCUCGCUAACCCACUGGUGACCUCUGCCUCAUGUCCCUCUGCAUGCCGCUGUGAUGAGACCUUCAUCUACUGUAAUGACCGUGGUCUGACUUCCAUUCCUACUGGUUUACCUCUGGAUGCAACAGUGCUCUUCCUGCAAAACAAUCGCAUAAAGAGCUCAGGAAUUCCCACAGAGCUCCGCAGGCUCACAAAUGUAGAGAAGAUCUACCUUUACUGCAACAAUCUAGAUGAGUUUCCCACUAACCUUCCCUUUGGACUUAAGGAGCUCCAUCUCCAGGAGAACAACAUUCGCAUGAUUACACACGAGUCUUUAGCCCAGAUCCCCUUUAUUGAGGAACUACACUUGGAUGACAAUUCUGUGUCAGCAGUCAGCAUUGAGGAAGGGGCUUUCAGAGACAGUAAUCACCUUAGAUUGCUUUUUCUCUCGCGAAACCAUUUAAGUACUAUCCCUUCGGGUCUACCUAUGAGCAUUGAGGAGUUGCGCUUUGAAGACAACCGCAUCUCAUCAAUCUCAGAACAGUCACUGCAAGAUCUCAUCAACCUGAAACGGCUAAUCUUGGAUGGUAACCUGCUCAAUAAUCGUGGGGUUGGGGAGAUGGCUUUCAUCAACUUGAUUAACCUGACUGAGCUCUCACUCGUGAGGAACUCCCUGACAUCACCACCAGCUAACCUGCCGGGCACAAGUUUGGAGAAGCUUCAGCUUCAAGAUAAUCACAUUAAUCGAGUUCCACCUGGAGCGUUUGCCUUCCUGAGACAACUGUAUCGUUUGGACUUGUCUGGUAACAACCUGAGUAGCCUCCCACAGGGUGUAUUUGAAGAUCUGGACAAUCUCACACAGCUUUUGCUACGCAACAACCCCUGGCAAUGUACUUGCAGGAUGAAAUGGGUACGUGACUGGCUGCGGUCAUUACCGUCAAAAGUGAAUGUACGAGGCUUCAUGUGCCAAGGCCCUGAUAAGGUCAAAGGCAUGGCACUCAAAGACUUAUCUACAGACAUGUUUGACUGCACAGAUUCAGAACUUCCUACGUAUGAGACGAGCACAGUCUCUAACACUGUGCGCCCCUCACAACCACAGUGGCCCUUAUUUGUGACCAAAAGACCUGCAGUAAAAGGACCAAAUUUGGGCAAAAAUUACCACGGCACCACCACCUCAAUAGGAAGGAAGAUCAUCACAAUCAGUGUGAAGUCAAGCAGCGCAGAUACAAUUCACAUAUCCUGGAGGGUAUCACAGCCCAUGACUGCCCUGCGGCUCAGCUGGCUCAAGCUGGGACACAGCCCUGCAUUCGGCUCCAUCACAGAGACAAUUGUGCAAGGGGAGAGGACUGAAUACCUGCUCACUGCACUGGAGCCAGAGUCUUCCUAUAGGAUAUGUAUGGUUCCCAUGGAGACCAGCAACAUCUACUUGUCAGACGAGACCCCCGUUUGCAUUGAGACCGAGACUGGCACUCAUAAAUCCUACAAACCAACCACUACUUUAAACAGAGAGCAGGAGAAAGAGCCUUACAAAAAUUCCAGUCUGCCUUUGGCUGCCAUCAUUGGAGGGGCUGUUGCACUUUUGGCAAUCAUCAUGUUGGCAUUGGUGUGCUGGUACGUCCACAGAAAUGGGUCACUUUUUUCCAGGAACUGCACCUAUAACAAAGGCCGCCGGAGAAAAGAUGACUAUGCCGAGGCAGGCACGAAGAAGGACAACUCAAUUCUAGAAAUAAGAGAAACUUCUUUUCAAAUGAUUCCUAUAAAUCACCUGCCUGUGUCCAAGGAGGAAUUUGUGAUACACACAAUAUUUCCACCAAAUGGCCUGACUUUAUACAAGAGCCCACACAGCGAGAACAAUAUUAACAACCGGAGCUACAGAGACAGUGGAAUACCAGAUUCAGAUUAUUCCCAUUCAUGAUAUUGCACACAGACAUUCAUGAUGAGUGUGUGCUGUUAUACAGAGACUUACGGCAAAACUUCUACAAAACACUGGAUCUAUAAGACUAAAGAAGCAAUGUUCUGUACAUUUGCCAUAUAAUUUAUAUUUAAGGACAUUUUAUGAAGACUGAGAACGUUCCACCUGCAGGCCCUCACUGAACCAUCAGUGGGUUUAGUUCUGCAAUUACAUUUUAGGGAUUUGUAGUAAUUUGUACUGUAUUUCCUUUGCUUAAAAAUGAUCGACCAACUAAAAAGAAACUAUAUUCUACUGAGAUAUGAUGACUUGUCAACUGUGAAAGUGGGUUUUCAUUGCUGUGGUGAACAAUCAGACUUUAGAAAACCUUGUAGUAUAAGCACAGGUCAUUAUUUUCACAUUGUGGCUGUAUGGAAAAAAAAAGGCAAAAAAGAGGCAUAACAAACUAAGGUACAGUUGAUCAAUAAAAUUCACAAAUCAGGCAUGUUGCCGUUUUAGAAGAACAAACAGCAGUGAGCUGUCUCAUUUACUACUGACCAAGAAUAUAGUUGUGAUUUGUAUGUGAUGCAAAACACUACAGAUGAGGUGCCAUGCUUUAUUUCUCUACUUUUUUAAGUGUGUAUUUUGUUGCAAGUGGGUAACACAGCAGAGUAAACCGAGCAGGACAUGUGUGUCGUUUAUUCUGAUAGGAUUGUAGGCCACAGCACAGGGCAGAUAAAGCACAUUGACUUUAAGGGACUCUUUAAAACAAGAAGACUGGACAGGCUGACACAGGACCCCCCACGAUUUCUAUUUGUACAAGCCAACAACGGCCAAUUGACAAUGGUGGCAUUCUUUAGUACCGUGUACCCUACGUCACUCAAGUCAAAAGGCUAACUCUACAUUAGAAUGAUCACAGUGUCAGCUAUCCCUUGACAGAACUACUAUUUUACAUUGUUUUCAAAGUGAACAUGUUUUUUGUUGCCACAAUUUGAAAUUACCUGUUCUUCAAGUAUGAAAACCAAAGUGCAUUGUUUGCCCUUUGGCCAGUCUUGUAUGUGCCUUGAUCCAAUGCUUAUUGUAUUUAGCUUUUUAAGGAACCAGUGACUUUUUCAUACACACUUGGAUAUGAAGUAUUGGUCAUAUUACAAAAUAAAAAAAAUACAAAAAUAGCAUUGCAUCAUUUCUGACCUACACUGAUAAU